AUGGUCCGCGGAUCCGGUAAAUUCAAGCAAAAGCGCGGUGGUGGGCGGAACUUCAGCAAGAACAUGGUUCUUGACGAGAAUGGUACCGCUGUCUCUGUCGAUCGACAACGCCGACGGGGCGAGGACGAUGAAGAUGACUCCGACUCUUCUGCUGAGUCAUCUGAAGAGGAAGAAGAAUCCGAGGAGGAGUCUGAGGAGGAGGAGAAGCCCGAGCUCACGCGUCAAGAGCGACGGGAUCUGAAGAAGAAGCAGGCGCAGGCAAAGCAGAAGAAGGCGGAAGGCGAAACGACAGACCCUGAAGACGCGGACCUCAUCAAUCCCAACCAUGUCACCAAGAAGAUGAACAUUUCUGAUCUCGGCGCGCCCAGGGAGAUGAGCAGACGUGAAAGAGAGCAGAAGGAGAAGCAGGAGGCCAAGGACAAGUAUUGGAAGCUUCAUACUCAAGGGAAGACUGACCAGGCCAAAUCUGACCUUGCUCGUCUCGCAAAGAUCCGUGCGGACAGGGAAGCUGCAGAAGCCAAACGCAAAGCAGAGGCUGAAGCUAAGGCAGCGGAGAUCGAGGCGAAGAAGGUUGCACAGCAGACUGGUCGGCGGGCAUAG